AUGUCCUGGUACGAAAAAAACCAGGCAUAUCUUCAAAAGCUUCAUGACGAGAUGCUUGCAGAAAGCGACGCCGACGGCGAAGAUGGAGAUAUGCAACUAUUUGAAGACUCAGCUUCGGAGCCGGAGGAACACCGAGACGAUGGAACGUUUAAUGGGGAUCACGAUUACGCUCCUGGUUCUGGAGAGGAUAGCGACAGCGAAAGUGAAACGGAAGAAGUUGAGGGUGACGAAAAUGGGAAUGUACAAGAAAGCGAAGAAGCUCUCGACUCAACAGGUUUGUGGUACGAAGAUGUAAAACCGAUGCGGGUUUUUGGUUUCGAUGGUAGCAAGUCAGGCCCGGCAAACGUCGACGCAAAUACUUCUCGUUUGGACGUAUUCAAGAAAAUGUUCACUGAAGAUAUAUUUGAUAUGUUAGUAACGUCUACUAAUAUCUACGGAAAAAAACUUAUGCGAAUCCAAUAG